UUGAAAAUCUUGGAACAUCCCUGCCCGGAAUUCUCUCUCAACAAUUUCCGGCUGUGGAUGGCCAAGCUCGAUGACCGUCACGCAAAGGUGCGCACACGGUGCAUCUUUCGGUAGCCGUCUUGUCAUACCAGCUACCAUUGGGAUGUACUCGGGAGAGCGUAAUAUGAUCUUGUGAGUGACUCCUUUGACUCUAUAAGAAGUGAUACGUUUUGCGUCAGAGGCUACCAACUUCCACUGCUUCAUGUGCAACUCAUGGCCACUGUGACUGCUACAAAAGUGAUUCCUGUGUCUGAACCCAAAUCACUACCACAUAACUCUCAUGUCAAACCGUCCCCUGGCACUCAAGAUACAAUCGAUAUAGAACAUGUUCCAGUCGACGACGAUCCACGUCAAUGGAGUUAUGCCAGAAAAACCGUAACCCUAUGCAUCGUGUCCCUGGCCACAAUGGUGUCUGCGUUGGCGGGUAACAUUCAAAAUCCCUCGAACAUUCUGAUAAAAAAUGAUCUACAUGCGACAAAUAAUCAGAUUAGCUGGACAUUAGCGGCGUUCAUACUCAUACAAGGCAAUUUCCCACUAAUAUGGAGCGCCGUGGCCGAGAUUACAGGCCGUAAGGUCGUCUAUCUGCUGUCCUCGGCUUUAUUUGUAGUAGGGAGUGCUAUCCUAGCACUUUCAAAGACCAUCGAAGUGAUGAUCGCCAUGCGAGCGCUUCAAGCAGCAGGGUCAAGCGCUUUCUUGUCUAUUUCAGCUGCGACCCUGGCCGAUAUUUACGAUACUCACGAACGCGGGACCAUGAUGGGCGUCUUCUAUGCUGCACCACUUUUAGGGCCCGCGCUCGGCCCUGUGAUCGGAGGGUUAUUAUCACAGGGCUUCAACUGGCGUGCAAGUUUCUACUUUCUGCUGAUCUGUGGAGUAAUCAUCUUCCUCUUCUUCCUCAUCCUGUUCAAGGACACAUAUCGAUGUGAACGAAGUCUCACGUAUUGUUCUGCCCUACAACGACGUUCUGCCUCCCAGGAACCUGUUCGGCGUCUCAGCCAGUCUACCAUCGCAGCAUCUGAGUUCGGCGAGAACAAAACGCACGACAACGAUCUUGAGAAGCAGUCCCAACACCCAGUUGUUCCAGAGAAGAUUCCAUCCGCGACGCCUAUACCAGGGCCGGACAAGAUUAGGCUAUCAAUCAAGGACAUUAAUCCUUUUCCACCAUACUUUCAAAUUUUGUCACGAAAGAACAACGUUCUAAUUCUUACUGUUAAUGGACUUAUCUUCGGUUUCAACUAUUGCCUAUCAUACUCAUGCGAACGCACUCUCGCCAAUGUGUAUGGUUAUAACGCGCUAAGCGUUGGCUUGGUCUUGCUUUGCCUUGGCAUCGGGAGUGUCGCUGGGAGUAUAAUUGGUGGGCGUUGGUCUGACCGGGUGGUUGGGAGAAUGAAGAAAGCGAAUGGAGGACAGUGGUAUGCAGAAAUGCGAUUAGAGAGCGCAAAACUGGCAAUGCCAUGGAUACCUCCAUUUAUCAUCGGUUAUGGUUGGGCGUGCGACAAGCAUCUCAACGUGGCUGUCAUUUGUUCGAUGCUUGUCCUUGUUGGAUUCACAUCAAUAUGGAUGUACGCAAGCACAUUAUCGUACCUCGUCGAUGCCAACCCUGGUCGCUCGGCCGCAGCGGUGGCCACAAAUAGCUCAUUCCGAGGAUCCCUGGCUUUUGUUUCAGUCAUGGUUGCUGUGCCGCUUCAAAACGCUUGGGGAGACGGCAUAUUGUUCACGGCAUGGGCUUGCCUCUUGGGUGCUGCAGAAUUCCUGAUUAUAAUAGUGGUGCACAAGGGAGAAUCGUGGCGCAAGGAGAAUGACGAAAAUGAGCGUAAAAUGUUAAGCAAAUGAAUAUUCAUGUUUUUAUAUUGUUAAAUAGAUACGAGCAUGCAGGGCAAGCCCAUCUAGUUAGUUGCAGAGUAAUAUAUAUGUACUUCCAUCUGAAAUGAAAUAUUUAGGCUACUUAGAUCAUACUGUCCAAAUAAAAUGGAAAUUUCUUUCGUG